AUGACUUUAGAAGGUUUAUAUGACAAUUGUACUAAUUGCAAACGACAACGAACUGCGGUAUUAUGGUGUAAAAAUUGCGAUAUUGCAUUCUUAAAAGAAAAUUUCCGCAGUUGGACCAGCGAAAAUCCAAAUAUAGAUGAAUUUAUUAGGCAUACUCAACUAAACGCUAAUGAGAGUAUGGACUAUCUUGAAUGGAUUGAUUUUGACCAAUUUGAAUUGAUCGAAAAUAUUAAUAAACGAGGUGCUUUCAGUUCAAUUUAUUCCGCAAUAUGGAUGGAAGGGCCCAGAUGGAAUCUGGAUGAAGAGGCCGAAGUUUGGACUCACAAUGGUCCCAUUAAGGUCAUCCUAAAACGAUUAGACAAUUCUCAGAAUAUCAGUCAAGAAUUUGUAAACCAAUUAUAUAGAUAUUACAAAUGUGUGCAAAAUGGAGCACUCGCAGAUUACUUUGGCGUAACUAAAGAUCCGACAUCAUGUUACAUGUUCGUUAUGAGAUAUUAUGAAAGUGGGAAUUUAUAUUCGUAUCUUGACGAAUCCAUGGGAGCCCUUUGCUGGAGAGAUAUUGUAGAUAUGUUAUUGUCAAUAUCCGCAGGUCUCAAUGUUAUUCAUGAAUCUGGUCUUAUUCAUGGACACUUACACGGAGGAAAUAUAUUAAUUGAAAGAAAAAUGAAUUCAAUUCAUGCUAAAAUCGCUGAUACUGGAUUACACGGACCUGUUAACAAACAAAUAGCGCAAAUUUAUGGUGUAAUACCCUUCGUUUCUCCAGAAAUAUUUGAUGGAAAUAUACCAACCAAAGAAUCUGAUAUCUAUAGUUUUGGUAUGAUCAUGUGGAUGCUAUCAGCUGGGGUACGUCCUUAUUGUGACAGACCUCAUGAUUCACAACUCAUACAACAAAUUUGCUCAGGCUUAAGACCAAGCGUUGUUUGUGGAACCCCCUCAGCUUUCUCUAAAUUAAUGCUACAAUGUUUAAUUGCUAGUCCAUCAAGUAGACCUACGGUAUCCCAAAUUUUCAAAUGUUUAGGAGAUUGGGUUUCCGGUUUAUCAAAUCAGUUUGAUGAUACCGAAGUUCCAUUCGCAAAUUUGGAAAAGUUAAGUCUUCGGUCUUUAUUAUGUCAUAAAAAAGCCAUCUAUUUUAGCCGUCCGUUAGAUUCCAUCAUUAUUCAGUAUUGA